AUGGAUUGUAAGAUCACUCAUUUGUCAGCUGUAUUCUCACUGGUUGUAUUAUGCUUGGGCUCGGUAACGGCUACCGAUCAAGUAGAGUCCCGUGCCAGUGCCCCGAACUGGCUCGCGGUAGUUCCAAACCAUUGGAUGUGCGCCGGACACAAUGCGCCAGUGCUCUUCCCCCACGACUCGGAUUGCUCCCGCUACUAUGAGUGUGUUUGCGAAGAUGCGUACGAGUACGCGUGCGAGAAAGGAUUGCGCUUCAACUCGCAAACGCUGCACUGCGAUCAAUCGGAUCGAGUAGCUUGCCAGGCGGAGGCAUCCGUUUCUCAUCCAUCGGUUAAUACGGAAGGUUCGAUAGAGCAACCGGCAAUCGAUCCACGCUGCCCAUCGAUGGAAGCGGUCAAACAUUGGUCCGAUGAGACCAACUGCUCGAGGUACUAUCAAUGCGUCCGUGGCGAGGUUAUGGAGUUGCAGUGUCCCGAAUCGUUGGUGUGGGAUAAUGCGGCGAAGAAGUGUAGUGCACCGAACCCGAACAAAUGCUGUGCGCCCGUACCGGCGGCACCAACUUUGGAGGAACAAUCUGUGAGCCUGUGGGAUCGGUUCCAAUCAUGGAUGGGUUAA